AGUCUGAGCGCAGCAGAGAGCUAUAACCAGAACUGUUGCUUCGUCAGCCUGCUCCGCCCGUGCCCAGGAUGUGGCUUCGCCUGUUACACCCUGACGUGCGCGGUGAAUGAAUGGCAGUGGCACUGAGCUGGAGACACUUUGCCUUGGACUAUUCAGACAAACACACACACAUACAAGACAUGGAUGCUGGUCGGUGAACUGCAGAACCUGAGCGGUGAAGAUGCAGCACACCUCAUGCACGGAGGACAGGAUCCAGCAUGCUCUGGACAGGUGUCUGGACGGCCUGAGACAAAGCCCCACAGCAGCACAGCAUUGGAACGUGCUGAUGUGCUCGGCGGGUCAGUCAAUGAACCGCUGGAGCCUGGAGGAGCUGGUGAAGAGGGACCCUGAGAACUUCCUCAUCCUCUUACAACAGAUCAUCAGGAAGACCAAAGAGGUUCAGGAGCAGUGUCGGUAUGAGCUGGUGGCUCCCCUCGCUAUCAUGUUCUCCUCCACGUUGCUUCAGACCCCAUACUGUCCUCCGGACACAGAGCUGCUGGAAGAAGCCAUUGAGGUGUUUCGCUGCUUCCUCACAUGGCCCGAGCCUUACUGCAGUGUGUGUAGAACCCUCCUCACCACACUACAGCUGGAGAUCAAGGCCCCAGGGAUUUCCUUUCAGAGACUUGUGAGAGAAGAACAGUUCCUUAACACCCCCAGCCAGAGCUCCAAGACCAUGACCGUGCUCCUGAUGAACCCGUGCGAGGUGCCCGCUGACUUUCUCUCGGUGGCUGAGCAGCUCAGUCGCAUUCAGCACUCGCAGGAAGAGACCUACAUCAGACUGAUCAAACACGCCUUCCAGUCCACACUAGGCACCAAAUACCCGCUACAAAGCAUCCACAGAGCCCUGCAGGCAAACACUGUGGAUGAAUUGGAGUCAAUCUUCUCCACGGUGAGUGAUGUCUUAGAGACGGCCGCUGCCAUGAGUGACCCCCUGAAGGGCCGCGGUCACGUGACCCAGGGACUCGAGCAGCUGAGGGAGACCAUGAGAAUACCAGCAUCCAACGGAAGGAAGUCUGAUGGAAUGCUACAAACUCUACCCUUGCCGACAGCCAAGUGUUACAUGUUCCACUGGGAAACGGAUAACUUUGAUGUUCUCAACACCCUUUUGGAACACGAGGCUGAUGACCAGGUCAUGAAUGGGCAAGCUGAGGAGGAAGAGGAGGACGACAUUGAUGAUGAUGAUGAUGAUGAUGAUGAUGAUGACGAUGAUGAUGAUGAUGAGGAGGAUGAGACAGAGAUUGAUAUCGAAGAAGACGAGGAGGGCGAAAACAGAGACGAGGAGGAACAUGGAUUGGAAUUGCCUUCCAUGUCCAUCAUCCCUAACGGCUGCGUCGUCAACCACCGUGCCUCCACCUUCUCCACCAUCUCCUCCCUGUCCACCGCUUCCAAAGACUCCAUGUUCUCCACCUUGUCCAUGGCCUCGGAGUCCUACGCUCCGUCCCUCUACUCUGUCACUUCGGGCGGUGACAGUGACUACUUUGACGACUCCGACGACUACAUCUGCUCCUCCCCCGUCGCUGAAAAAUGCUCGCCAAAGUCCAUCAACAAAACUUCGUCCCGGUUCAGCCAGCACUUGUACCGACUCUUCAUCAAACCCAAGAGACCUCGGUCGCUAUCUCGGGCCAAAAGCUUAGGAAACACAGAGUCGAGGGACCGUUUAGUGGUGCGAGAGAAGCGCUCCAACUCUCUUCCACAGCAAGUCCAGUUACGCUGUCCUGAGCCCUUCCUCCAGCCACAAAGUCAAACUCUCAGACACGUCUGCUUCCGAAGGAGGCCCAUUCUCAGCAGCGAUGAGGACAGUAAGAACACUACGCUGAGGGUGGUGGUGUUUGGUGCUGAUCGUGUGGCAGGGAAGGUGGCCCGAGCCUACAACAGCCUGAGGAGGAAGGAGAGUGCGUGUCCACGUCUCAGCAGGGCUUUCAAGCUCCAGUUCUACUUUGUGCCCGUGAAGAGGGACUCGGCGGCAGGAACGGGGAGUCUGAAGUCUCCUAGUCCUGUGGUUCAAACUGGAUCUCCAAAAGGAGCCGCCCUGUCUAAUCAGGAUCUUCUCCUCAAGGGCGCAGGGGACAGCACCAACGACAUUGCCCAUCUCCUUGGUAUGUUGGACCCUUGGUACGAAAGAAACACCCUUAGCCUGCUUAACUUGCCCGCCAACGUCGUCUGCCAGCAAACCUCAAAGACGGAGUCGGAGUUGUAUGCUGGUUCCUAUGAGCAGCGUCUGCCCAUCCUGGCCGACUUGGUCCUGUACUACUGCCGCUAUGCUGCCCGGCCUGCUCUGAUCCAGCUCUAUCAGGCUGAGCUGACGUUAGCGUGUGGUGAGAGGAGGACGGAAGUGUUCGUCCACUCCCUGGAGUUGGGUCACACUGCAGGAACGCGAGCCAUAAAGGCCAUGGGUGCUGCCAGUAAACGCUUUGGUAUCGACGGUGACCGAGAAGCAGUGCCUCUAAUGUUGGAGGUGGUGUACAACAGGGUGGUGAUUAGCGGGAGAAGCCAGUGGAAGAGAGAGACCAAAGUCUGUACGUCGGUAAACUUAACCAAAGCAUGCAAGAAUCCUGAGGCACUAGACUCAAAGAUGGAGUGCCUGCAGCUCACGAUGACUGAGGUCCUGAAGAGACAGAACUGCAAAAGCAAGAAGGGCUACAACCAGCAGCUGAGCGUGACGGAGGUGAAGGUGGAUAAGGUGCAGGUCGGCGGUGCUGGAAACACAACCUUUGCUGUAUGUCUGGACCAGGAUGAGAAAAAGAUACUGCAGAGUGUCACCAGAUGUGACAUAUCAGUCUGCUACAAGCCUGACAGCUCCGCCGACUGGAGGCUAAGAAAAGCCCCGACCUCGGCCCAAAUCCAGCCUCUCAACCCCAGCUUCUGCUCCCUCCUCUGCCUGCCCAUAGUCACUUUCAGCGGGGCUCUUCCCUGAAACUGACCACUGGUUUGAACUGGGUGGUUUGAAAGGAAAUAUUCUGCCCAACUAUUCAUGCUCUCAGUAACAGACACAGACUGAGGCUGUAGUCAAGUUCACAUGAUGGUGGCCUGAAACAGCAGUGGGAUGCAACACGAUGGAAAAGAGGGGCCAAUCAGGAAACAGCAGACCCGGCCUGUGAUCGUCAAUACGAAGACAUAUCAAAGAACACGAAAUAAAAAAGAACGAAUAUCUACAAUAGUUCUAAUGAUGCGCAGUCCAGCUUCCUCUGUGCAAAGCAAUCAUUAGCCGUUGUUAAGGAAACUGUUGAAAUUACAUUCCAGGAGUUUCAGUUCCUUUUUUCUGGCUGACGGAGAAGUGACCGUACACACUCACAGUAACAUUAGAAUGUAAAUUGGUCAGGGUACAUCGUCAGGGUGUAGAUGGGUUGAAAUAAGCCUGGAGAUCUCUUACCAGGAGAUGGAAUGUUAAAAUGUGGACAUCGUCUUCGAGUCAAAGUUUGAGAACUUGUCUCUGGAUCAACCGACAUGGGACAUGGAGGACCAGGGGGACAUGUACUGUGUAAUGCCUCCAUUAGGGGUGAUUACGGGACUAUGUGACUAUAUCUGAGAAUGGACACUAUGGACUUACUCAAAAUGUCAAUAAUAUGUUUGUAAAAUAUGAUAUUGCAUGCUUUAACUUGAAUGCUACAUCAUAAUGUUUGAUGUCAGUCAUAGAUGGGAAUUUAGUGAUAACAUUUCUCCUAAGGAGUUACUGUUUUAACUGGAGUUUUAAAUGUGACCAGCAGGGGGCUCUGUUGACAUUCCAACCGACUUCAGUUGAAGUAAAGAUUACUUUAAUAUACCAUAACUGUAGUGAAGUCUCACUUUGUAAUAACUGUAAUGGAAUAUAUGUACAGACCAUAAUUUAGCUCUCGCAAAGUGCUAACCUUUAUUUCAUCAAGGGCACAGAUGGAAAAUAUAAAUUUGAUAUUGUGGUGCUAAAAAAAUACCUUUAUAAAAAAGUAACUGAUUCGUUGCACUUUGCAUAAUGUUUGACAUUUGAAAUAUGUAUAAAAAUUGCUGUGUUGCUGUAAAGGGAUAAUACCCGGAUCACCUGACCGAGACUGAAAUGGUAGCACUGCAGGUAAAUAUCUUGUGUUGAAUUGGAGCACUUGAACAUUAGAUUAAUAAAUUAGGUACUUUUAUGUUUAUUUAGAUAAAUGCCCUGCAUGCCUUCACUAUUGCAAAUGCAUAUUUAUAAUUGUGUGUGUAUCAUCUAUGCAAUGGAAACCAAUCUUCAUUAAAAUGGAUGUCUUUAAUCCUCA